AUGACUUCUCAUAAAAGGCCGGUUACUUACUUCGAUGAUCCCUUAGAUGAAGAGGAGAACCCAGUCAAGCGAGUCGCGUUUGAAAGCGAAUGCAUCGAAGAUGAGCUCACCGAUCAGAAACGAGUAACUCUCUUGCAAGAAAAUCCUAGCAUUAGCAGCAACUGUUGCUUUUGGGACUGCGUCCCUUGCAAGUUGUAUAGAAAACCUAAUAUCAGGUCUGCAUUUCAUUUCAAUGUUAAGGACCUUUCCGGUCGAUACUAUGAACCGAAUAAGUACUAUCAUGUGUCAUGCAUUGAACAAAUAUUUCCCGACAUCAGUGCCUUGGUAGAGCGUGGGAUUCUGCAGAUAGAAGGGGAGGGUCACGCGGCUAUCCUCAUUCUGCUGGGCCGUACCUUUGAAGGGGAGAUGUACGAUCGAUUCCAAAUAGCAUAUGCCGAAUGGGAUCGGGAAGCCAGCACAGUGGAGAUCAAACAUCAAUUUGAGAGUCAUGAAGGUAGUUCUCUGGAUUGCGAGAAGUGUGAAGUACCGGAUGAACCACUGAGAAAAGACUACUUUCCUGAAGAGCCUUGCAGUAGCCUACUGAGUGAAGUUCUGGCCUCCGUGAUUGGCGUGGGAAACUUGGAUGGAGUAGAAGGUGAUUCAAAAGAGAUCCGGUUGGAAUACUAA